AUAAUAUGAACGAAAUCAAGUGCAGUCUUCUACUAAUACUGUCUGUAUGUCUUUCCCUCGAAUCGGCCGGAGUUUUUUCUUCUCCCCAACAAAGAAAUCGUCGCAGUAUGUGUAGUUUUUGCGUGAUCUUUUAUCGUGCCAGAGACAUUCUUUGCACAGUGUUCACCCAUAUAGUUUGUCGCCCCAACUGGAAAACGCAUUCGUCGCAAUUUAUUGGGUUUUUUAAAUCGUUCCUGCAGUACAGUGCCAGCAUUCUCUUGAAACCUUAUAGAACAUUUUUCCAAAUGUACAGCACACACAGCAACAUGUCUAUGAUCCAUAGUCAUUUUGGCUUCAUGGACGGGUUACAACUCAUAAACCCAACCAUUCAGCCACCGACCGCCACAGCACACACAGCCGGCAGGCGCAUCAGGAAUCGUGUGUCUAUGCACACGAUCAUUGCUGAGAAAAUGUCCCUUGGCGAAGCUGCAAAAUUGGAGAUGACUUCGAUGCCUACAAAAACUCCUGUUUCGGUGCUCCAGGAGCUAUUGUCGCGGAGAGGGAUAACGCCCAAGUAUGAACUGGUUCAGAUCGAGGGUGCAAUCCAUGAGCCCACAUUCAGAUACCGGGUGUUUUUGAAUUCGGAGUACAUUGCGACGGGCACUGGCAGAUCUAAGAAGGAAGCGAAACAUGCGGCAGCCAAGAACCUGUUGGAUCUUCUGAUCGGUAAAAUGACUGCAGAGCAAGCAAAUCAAAACGCAAAUGGUACACCUAACAUCGUUGUGCCGAUGCCACCCGAGAACACGAACCAAGUGGUUUCACCUUACGAUGACAAGGUGAUGGGGAACCCUAUAGGUUGGCUUCAGGAGAUGUGCAUGUCGCGACGUUGGCCGCCACCGGCCUACGACAUGGAGCACGAAGAAGGUUUACCACAUGAGCGUUCGUUUACGAUAGCCUGUCAGGUGUUGAAGUUUAAGGAGAUUGGCACCGGCAAGUCGAAGAAGAUGGCCAAACGAAUGGCCGCUCAUAAAAUGUGGCAGUCACUGCAGGACCUUCCCACGGAGGGUGCCAUCACCCUCCCAGGAUACGACGAUUAUGAAGAGGUGAGCCCGACCGCACACCAUGAAAAAUUGUUGGCACGUUUGCCAAAUAUUCACAGCCGAUACGCAGGACUGAAAGAUAGUAAAAUAAGUACCCUACAAACGGCCAACAGCAACCACACGCAUAAAAUAUCGCAAUUCCAUAAAUACAUGGCAAAAAUCAAUGGUCCCAUUUUAAAUGAGCUGCAGAAUUCGAUGUUGGCAAACGCGAAGGAGUUCUGCUACGUGCAGUUCCUCAAAGAUUUAGCCACCGAGCAGAACUUCGAAGUGACAUACGUGGACAUCGACGAGAAGUCCACCACUGGGAGCGUCGGUCAACCCCUAAGUCUCAUGUUGAAGCAGUCCCCGUACAUCGACGAGUUGGCCCUUUUCGAUAAGAAAGGCACCAGCGGUUUGGCUCUGGAGCUGAGCCACAUCGACACCAAAUGCAAGGUCACCUCGUAUCAGCCGCCUACUGCAAGUGAAGCAUUCCAAAAUGCAAGCGUCAUCGUGAUAGUUGCCGGACAACCUUCGGCCCAAACCUCAGAUGCUUGUCGUUUGUUUGAUAAAAAUGCCCCAAUUAUGGCCGAGAUGGCCAAGUACAUUUCCAGUUACGCCCCAUAUGCGAUGGUCGCUGUUGCUUCAAAUCCAAUUGAUGGUAUGUUACCAACGCUCUCUGAAGCUUUGAAGCACAAAGGUACGUAUGAUCCUGCAAGAUUGUUCGGCGUUACGACUCUUAACGUCGUUAGAACGAAUACAUAUGUGGCGGAGGUGCUAGGCUUGGAAGCGGAAUGCGUUGUUGUCCCGGUGAUCGGUGGCAACAUAGGCGGUAAUAUAAUUCCCAUCCUGUCGCAAGCGAAGCCUUGCAACGAUUUAACUGAAGAAGAGGUGAUUGAUAUAACGCGUAAAGUGCAGAAUGCUCACAAUACGUCGAAAACUAUGAAGACUAACGUGGGCGAAAACUUGUCGAUGGCGUUUUCCGUAGCCAGAUUCACCAUAUCCCUGAUAAAAGGUAUACAAGGACACAGUGAUAUCGUCGAGUGCGCUUUCGUGAAGACCAGCAUUCAGCCCUUAACGGAAUAUUUAUGUAUACCGGUGUUGCUGGGACCAAAUGGAAUUCAAAAACAUUUAGCGCUCCCCGAACUCUCGGCCUUUGAACAGUGCCAGCUGGAGUCGUCCAUGGAAGGGCUGAAGAGUUACGCGAUCCGAGCUCGCAGCUUCUUGGGUAUAAAAGAGAAGAAACCGUGCGAUCCCUGUGCUGUCAAACUCAAAGUACCAGAGUGUCCAGAAGACAUGUGCGCCAAAGCUAAAAAUUGAUAAUGUAUCUCGACCCCCCUUUUUUUGAUUUUAAUAAAUCUUUGUUAUUAA